AUGUACGAACGACUUUCCGCCGAGCUGUACUACAUUCGUGAGGGUCAGGUGAACGAAUACGCCCUAAACUUCAUCAUCCCGGUGCCGGCAACGGUUCAGGACAUCAGCUUCACGUGGCAAAGUCUAACGGAAAAGCCGCUUCCCUACAAGAUCAGCAUAGUCACAUCGGAUCCGGCAACGCUUCCGAAACCUUCGAUGAACAUCUCCCGGGUCGGCGAGAUUCCAACGCACAUCGAGACGUUCUCGAUUGCCCUCAAAUGUGCCGGUCGAGAUCCAGCCGAGAUUGAGGUCACCAUUACGAUCGAAGUCACGUUGAAUCGGGCUACCGGAAAUGCCACUGAAUUGGUUUUUCGAAGAAAGAAAAUUUGCCUGAAUUCAGACACCCCGGAUGCAAACCAGCCGGAUCCUUAUCUCCUGGAAACAGUGACUCAUUCACCGAACGGUCUGAUAACGCUAAUCGUUGGAGGAACCCUGGCGAUCAUCUUAGUCCUAGUUCUCAUAGGGAUUGCGUACUGUGCUCGAGGGUCGCUUAAACGUAAGCCCCAUCACGCUCAGCCUAUUCGUACAUCCAGCUUCCAGCGCCUACAGACACAUCCACCUUCAGCACCUUCAUCGAUCGCACCGACGAUCGCAACUCUUUCCCGAAACAAAAUCUACGCCAAUGCUGAACCGGAAGAACUUCAACGUCGCAUCACCGAGCUCACCGUCCAGAGAUGUCGCGUCAGGCUGUCCUCCCUACUCCAGGAAGGAACCUUCGGCCGUGUCUAUCGAGGUUCCUACAACGACAGCCAAGAAGUGCUGGUCAAAACCGUCGGUCAACAUGCUUCCCAAGCUCAGGUUUCGCUGCUACUCCAGGAAGGAAUGAGUCUCUACGGCGCUCAACACCCCGGAAUCCUCUCGGUCUUAGGUGUCUCAAUCGAAGAUCACACCGCACCCUUUCUCCUGUAUCUCGCUCCAGAAAACAUGCGAAACCUCAAAAUCUUCCUCCAGGAACCGAUCGCUCGAUCCCUUACCACCAUUCAAAUCGUUAAGAUCCAACUUCAACUAGCUCAGGCCCUCGGACAUCUGCAUAGCCACGGAGUCAUUCACAAGGACAUUGCUGCUCGUAACUGCGUAAUCGACGAUCAGCUCCGGGUGAAGUUGGCCGAUAACUCGUUGUCGCGGGAUCUGUUCCCCGGGGAUUACUACUGUCUGGGGGAUAGCGAAAAUCGUCCGAUCAAGUGGUUGGCCCUGGAAGCAAUCCAGUAUAAGCAGUUUGGCGAAGCCUCGGAUACGUGGGCUUUCGGGGUGCUGAUGUGGGAACUUUGUACCCUUGCUCGGCAGCCUUAUGCUGAGGUUGAUCCCUUCGAAAUGGAACACUACCUACGAGAUGGAUACCGAUUGCAGCAACCAAUCAACUGCCCAGACGAAUUAUUCGCCAUCAUGGCCUACUGUUGGACCAUGCUCCCGAUGGAACGGCCCUCGUUCGAGCAGCUGCAGGUCUGCCUGCAGGACUUCUACGCCCAGAUAACCCGGUACGUCUAGGGUUUGCUUCCGUCGUCGGUGGCCAGCGGCCCUGCUGCCGGCACCGUCGAUCGUCCUCAACUAGCCCCACCGGUUCCAGUUCCAGUUCCACCACCACCGCCACCACUCCCACCACUCUCGAACGAAGCGGCACUGGUGGCCAGCAUGGCGCCACUCAUUCCUCCCUUGCCACCCACUACUCAAAUCAACAAUCCGGAUCAACAUUUCUACAUGCUUCCAACGCCGCGAGCCCUCUCGCUAAGCUUUAGAUUUAGAGUUAAGAACCGGCAUCAGCAGCUGGCAGCACUGGCAGCCGCCAAGGCGGACAACAACAACCACAUCUACGAAUGCCCGGACACCGUCAUUCUGCCGGCAACGCAAACGCUUCCCCUCAUCAACGGAAGUGCGGUUUCGUGACAUAAGGCCAAAGGCGCCAGCACUGCAGUGAGAGCUCGCGCCAAUGGACAACUGGCAACCAUUCGGGAAGGAGGCCGAAAACGUUCCAAACACGCCAACAGGAAUAGCAUUCAAGCGGGCAAAGAGUCUAACCAUGGCAACGGAAACGCCGCCGCCUUCGUUAUUCCCUAUAGUUGCGAGGUGAUACCCAGUAUCGUUGCCAAUGCUGACGCUGCCAAUGGGAAUUGAUGCCGGAGUAGAUAUGGAAUCUCACUAAUAUAAACACACAUGUUAACAUACUCGUCGUAAGGAAACACACCAAUACAUCCAGGAAAAAAAUAUGUUCGUUCAGUCGCAGGGAUGGUUGAAAUUAGUUGUUUUUUUAAUUGUCUCGCUUUACAGUGUACUUAACCCUUCUUUCAAAGAAGCAAUAGAAGAGAAAGAAUUAAGACCUGGAAAAUGUGAAAUUUACCUAUGAUGUCGGUAAUCAAAAAAACUCACUGAUCUGAACCAUCUCUGCGAUUCCAAGAAGCAUCAGACUUACCACACACACAUACACAUGAUUUGUGCCAAAAACUAUUUGCUAGCUAACACGUAGGAUAGAAACCAUAACUCAACGCGAAAGUAAACUCCAAUCUCGAUUUUAGUGCAAGUAGUUGAAUUUUAGAUAACUACGCUAUAAAUACAAAUAGAUAUAGACAGACGUAUAUGACAAAUACUAGAUUAGUUUGAUGGGAUCGUCAAACAUAUGAUGUAGAAGUUGUCGAACUAUAUAGGAUGUAGAAACAUUGUACUCACAAUCACAAACCUUCAAAGUGAACCAUUCAUAUCCAUUCCCGUGAUUGCGAGCUAUUCUUGGUCGAAAAAUGUAAAAAGUCAUUGUAAAUAUUUGUUUUUCAAGAAAUAUUUUAUAAAAAAAAACACCACUAUGUUUAUGGUUGACCGGAUGAGUGAAAACUAAAUUUUAUAUUUAUUGAAUCUUUCAUAUUUACUUUUCAAGCGUUUUCUUGCAUUUCUUACGGUAGUUAAGAACUAAUCAAAACCAAUGGAUUGAAACAAUUUUCCCCGAUAUCAAUAAGAAAUUUGUAGGUGUAUCCAAAUCACUGCCGGCUUCACUUAGAACUAAAUAUUGACAUAAAAUCCUACAGAACCUAAUAAAACCACAAUAAAGCAUAGCUAAACAACAAAACCUACAGUAGAAAUUCAAUCAUUGCCGUGUAAAAAUAGAUCUAAAACCUUAGCUCGAUCUUAGCUGUACAUAAAUGAAGCAUCAUGCAAUGAUUCUUGUAGAGUGUUUAUUCGUUAACAACGUUUAGUUAACUGAUAAUCGAUUAUCUAUACAGAAGUUUUCUAUUUUGGGUUAAUGAUUGACUACUUACAAUUUUUUGGCUUUAAAAAACUGGAUAAAAACAAUAGAAGAGACAAAAACCUGUCACCAACACUCGAUAUUCGUGUAGAGUAGAGAGUAAUUUGGAAAAAAAACUACCCUGUAAAUCGAUCGAUAGGAUUAUUGGUAAUGCCACGCUCUGUAACACAACGGAAUCAUGCAGAAUAUAUUUAGCAUUUAUUACAGCCCAAUGUUGACAUAUUUGUAGGAAUCAUAUACAUCAGGAAACAAAAGUGUAACGGUGAAAUUCGUAUCGAGAAGCCUAAUAAAAUUUGUAUAUUUUA